AAGGUGGUCGGCACGCAAGCGCACAAAAUUUACAAAUAACUGAUUAAUUUAUUAACACAAACAGAAAAGAGCAAAGAAAGUCAAAAAAAGUUUAUGACAAGUGUAAAAACUCGAUUAAAAAUUAUUUUGUAUUUUGUUAUGUGCGGUAUGCAAACGAAUACAUACUGGAAAGGCCUAUAAUAAAUAGAAAAUAUAGUUAACGAAGCAUGCGCUUUGAAAUAAAAGAGUAAUAAUUCUAAAGAGAAGAGAGUUUAGUUAAAAAGUUCCUACGGUUAUUUCUUAUAAGAAAGUACUAACGCUUUAUGCUAGAUUGAAAACGAAGCGAAAACAAAGCAACACUGAAUUGUAUUUUUUUUAAAUAUACAUAUAUAUAUAAAAAGAGGUCGCGCCGUCUUAAACGUGAGUUUAAGAACACGUUAUAAUUAACAAAGAAAUAAUACAAAGCUAUCGAUGUAACUUUCCAAAAAAUGGAACGCGUUUUUUAGAAUUUUAACAACAUAAAAAUGCAACAUACAACUACUGCACGACGAACAAACGUGUUGGGAUGAAAGUGCAAUUUCUUGAAAACAUAUUAAAAAUAAAUAAUAAAAGAAAAAAGAAAAAGAUAAUCAAAUUAACACAUGAAAUAUAAACGGGCUUUACCACUUUGCAAGACUCGCGCGGCGACUGAUAUCAAAUUGAAUUAAACCACUUAAACUAAAUUAAUGAAUGAGUGACUUUCGUAAAUUGAAAAUAAACAAAAGCUUCGCGACAUAACGAAAUUUCUUGGCUAAAGUAAACAUUAUUAAACUAUAUACAUACAGUGAAUGAAUAACAACAUUAUUACAGUGUUAUGUAAUAGAAGCAAUACGAGUUAUAACAAUAAAAACCUAAACUGAUCACAAUCUUCUUCAUAAAAAGCAGCAAGAAAAUUGUAAAAUAGAAACUAAUAAACAAUCCAUUAAAAACACACAUACACGUGAAAAAAACCCUCUAGAAGUAGUAGUUUGUAUUGGUCAAUUAAACUAAAUGUAAUACAUACAUCUGCCUCAAAUACAAUCAUUAUUUACUAGGAUGUCAAAUAAAACUAUAAAAAAAUAUAAUAAUAAAUUUCAACUGCAGCACUUUCUAGUACUUUCAUAUGAACAGCAAAAGCAACACAAAAAACAAUCUCCUCCUAAAUAUCGUUACAAUCAUGGAAUAAAUGGUAAAAGUAGAGGCAGUAAUAGCUGUGGCAUUUGUUGGAUUUUAUGCAGUGUACUUGUUCAAUUACUUUAUGCCACUGAAAGUGUGGCUCAAAAUGUUGCUGCUGUUGCACCACUAGCAAACCACAUUCCAUCUGCAGAUUUAGUUGUAACAUCUUCAAUAGAUGCCACUGAAGUUGUUGCUACUGUUACUGCUAAAACCUUUACUGAAAAUAAUUCAAGAGUUAAUAAACGUAGCCACCAUUCAACAUUCUCAGACUUGGACAAAGAAGUAGUGGAACGUUUAAUCAAACAAUGGGCCCCCGUCGUAUGGUUGGCUCCAGAAGAGAAAUUCAUGCCCCUUGGUGUGGAAGAAUUUUUAGCACAUGUCCAUCCUGAAAGUAAAGACAAUUCUUUCACGCCUGGAAUGCCAUUCGGAGAUAAUUCUGAAAAAUCAUUCUUAGUAACGAACACAGAAAUAGAUAAACUGUUAGAGAAUGAAACAUCAUUUAUACACGGACGCAAUCCUAAUAUAACUCCCGUGCCUAUAUACGCUGUAGUGACAUUAUGUAAUCAAGAUAAAAUUCAUCCUGCAAAACAGCAACAAAUAGAAAUUUUGCCGUCCGUACAGUCAUUGCCGUCAAUACCUUCAUCUUUCCAAACUAAUUAUUCGCCACAAUUAUCAAAACCGGUAUUGCAGCAUGGUUUUAUGCCAACAUCAUUAGAAUUAACUAAACCGACUAGAGGACCUUAUAUUCCAGUUACUUUGGGACCCCAAAAUGACGGUGAAAAUACUAUAAGGCGUUCUUCACGGUUAUAUCCCAUGUUUCAUAAAGCUAAAAGGAGUUUAUCAAAUACCCCCAUUCCACCAUCAGAUUCUGUACCACCAUAUGAAUUGGUAAUGGGAGAAUCUAUGCAGAAUAUUCAUAUCGAUCGAAGAAUUUCAAACCCUACUUCGACUCCUAUCAAAUCAGAUGUGGAAGAAUCGGAAAAAAUCAAUAAUUUUAUAGCAAAUUUAGCUGAUAAUGUUAAAUUUAGUAUACCGCUUAAUGAACAGGAAAAUGUACUGGAACAUGAAAAUGGUCAACAAAUAAACGGAUUGGGUAACACUCCAGGCACAAUCGUUCCUUCAUUUCAUGUAACUUAUUGGAUGUUUUAUCCAUACAGUCAGGGUAAAAAUAUGUGUACCUUAAGCUUAGGCCCUUUUGGUCGUAUACCAUUUCCAGCCGUAUAUGGAUAUUGUUUAGGACGUAAGAAAGAUAUUGGUAGCCAUAUAGGAGAUUGGGAACACAUGACUUUAUAUUUCACUGGAGCUGCUGAGCCUGAAGCAAUGUAUGUUUCGGCCCAUGAUGCUGGAGCCUAUUAUGCCUACAAUCGUUUGACAGGGUCAUUUGAAUUUAAAAGACAAGAGACGCGUAAGGGAAUUUUACAAAGGCCUAAUUUUCCAAAAACAGUAACUACAUUUAACGAUCACCCGGUGCUAUUUGCAGCUAAAGGUUCUCAUGGCUUAUGGACAGCACCAGGUAAACAUCGUUUUGUUAAAGUUGCAAGAUUGUAUGAUAUUAACGGUUUCGGUACACCGUGGAAUACAUGGAAACAUGUCGAAAUAACAUAUGAAAACAUAAAAUCAUACGGUCGCGCUUUGUCACCUUCUUGGCUUUCAUUUAAGGGUAAAUGGGGAAAUCCCAAAAGUAAAUGUCAUCCUUUAAGACGAAUUGGACUAAAUUUUUGUGAAUUUUCGGAUGGCCCUACUGGUAUUCCGCUUAAGGAGCCACAUUUUCAAUGUGGUUCUACAUAUAGACGUUGAUAAAGAAUAACAAUUUUACAUGAUUUAGACAACACACAUUAUGCAGUAUUCUAUGUUUAUUAUUUUAUGGUGGUAAUACAUACAUAUUUAUUUUAGAAACAUUUUGUUGAAUAAAUUGUUUUAUAUAAAAUA